CUGCUGCAACGGCGCCCCACUUCCGGCCGCAGUAAUGCCUACUUCCGGCAGAACUCUCAGUGUGUUUUGAAGUUCGGUAUGUGAGCCGUGGAUCUGUUAUUACUUCGGGCAUCAGCUGUCUUUUGUUUGCUGUCAGUAAAGUCCAUGUCUGAUCUUUGGCAAGGAUACAAUGACCGAAUCUCAUGUUUUUUUGAGUAAUACACCAAAGAAAACAGUUAGGUUUGGAGGAAAAGUGACAGACGUCCUGGCCAAGUAUUCACAGGGAAAUACUCAAGCCUUUGAACUUCUGAAGCGCCAGUUGUCCGAUCCAGAGAUUAAGGAUGUUCAGCUUAUAAACUGGCUUUAUGAAUUACGGAUUUCGGUUACACAUCUGACCAUUGAAUAUGAGCAGCUUGUCAGCAUUGUACUGAAACUACCAUGGCUGAACCGAAGCAAAGAAGUUGUGGAAGAAUAUUUGUCUUUUCUGGCCAUUCUUGUGUCCGGUCAGACUGUAUAUCUAAGGCCCUGCAUAAAUAUGAUUGUCUCACACUUUUUACCACCCCGUGUUACGAUUAGUGAAGGCGAUAUUAAUAUUUCAGAUUCUGAAGAUGGGGAUGAAGAUGUUGUUGCAACAUUUAACACCUGUCAUAGAGCGCUACAGAUCAUAGCACAGCAUGUUCCAUCAGCACCUUGCUUUCUAAUGCCAAUACUUGUGGAAAAGUUUCCUUAUGUCAACAAAUCGCCAAGAGUUUUGGAGUGCUACAUACACAAUCUUCUGAGGAUCACUGUAUACUUCCCAGGGCUUAGGCGGGAAAUUUUGGAACUUGUGACAGAGAAGCUGCUGAAAAUUGAUGUGAAUGCAUCUCGCCAGGACAUAGAAGAUGCGGAACAAAAUGCUUGCAUUGCCAACAGCGGGAAUUGUGGAGCUGAAGAAGAUAUCUUUAACAUGGAUGAAGAUGAAGACCUGCAGCAGGGAGGUAGAGGUGUUCUUUCCGACACGAUGGUUCAUCCUGCUGCUGAACGUUUGGAUUUAUCUCUGUCUGUCUUUUUUGCAUACAUCAAAGAAAUCUGUUUUAUAAAUGGUAACAUGGACCUAAAUAAAACGAAGGCUUUAUACAGAGAUCUUCUGGCUGUAUUUGACAAAUUUAUUUUACCUACCCAUGCAUCCUGUCAUGUGCAGUUUACAAUGUUCUAUAUCUGCAGCUUCAAAUUGGAACUUACAGAAGCAUUUUUGGAACAUCUUUGGAAGAAACUGCAGAAUCCGAAUAACCCUGCAAUAAUCCGACAAACGGCUGCAAGUUAUAUUGGGAGUUUCCUGUCUCGUGCCAAGUUUAUUCCUUUGGUGACUGUGAAGGCCUGCCUUGAUCUCUUAGUUAACUGGUUGCACAGUUACAUUGACAUCCAAGAUGCUGGAAGUAGGGCUUUUUGUGACGUUACAUCCCAUGGACCAUUUUAUGCCGUUUGCCAGGCGGUUUUCUAUACGGUGAUCUUUCGGCAUAAGCAGCUUCUAGAAGGAAACUUGCGGAUAGGUUUGGCUUACCUCCAAGCUCUGAACUUUGAACGAAUUGUUAUGUGCCAGCUGAACCCACUCAAGAUUUGCCUUCCCACCGUGGUUAAUUUUUUUGCUGCCAUUACUCGGAAAUAUCAGCUGGUGUUUUGUUACACCAUCCUAGAGAGAAACAACAGGCAGAUGAUCCCUACCAUAAGAAGCAGCACUCUUGGCUCCUCUGUUCAGACGUGCGCCAAUCCACUGGACAGCUUUUUUCCCUUUGACGCAUGUGUAUUGAAAAGGUGUAAGAAGAUGAUCGAUCCCAUUUAUCAGCCUUGGGAGGAAUCCAAUGUCGAAGAAUUUAAAAGCCCAAAGAAACUGGUUCAGCAGGGCUCAUUUCCAGAUGAUGAAGAUGAUUUUCUUAAAGGAGAAAUGCCCCAGAAUAGUAGCGUUGAAAUGACGCCGGGUUCAUACGACUCCUUCCUGAAAAGUCCAUUGGGCAGUGUUGGAUCUCCUUCAGUCAAGUUUCUUCAGCGGCGUUUCUGAACAUUUAAAAACACGUGCCCAACCUUCUGCGUUAUUUUGUUCUGUCAACCUCACCAAUAUUUCCCCCCAAAAAAAUCUUCAAAAAAGACGCGUAGAAGCGGUCGCGCAUGCGCCACGCCCACACGCUCUGCGGAUGCGCGACCGCUUCUACGCGUCUUUUUUUUUUUUAAGAUUUUUUUUUUAACUUGCUUUGUGCGAAUUGGAGACUCGGUGGAGUCAGAGUACCUACAUGCAGCAUUCACAUGUAGCAUUGUACCUGUUUUUAUUUAAUAAAAAUUUCUCAAAGAGACAA